AUGGACGCCGCGCAGACUGUUCCCGGCUCGCUGAGCUGGCGGCUCUCGUCCCAUCCAAUCACGCUCCUGACGUUUCUAGCCUUUAGAAUAUCGAGCGUGCUGGUCUAUUUCCUCGGCUUAUGGGUCAUUCGCAGCAUGAUCAUGAUCUUCAUCAUCACCAUCCUCCUCCUCGCCGCCGACUUUUACUACCUCAAGAAUAUCGCUGGACGGCGGCUCGUCGGCCUCCGCUGGUGGAACGAGGUCGACGUCGGCACGGGCGACUCCAAAUGGGUGUUUGAGAGCAGCGCGCCCGGCACCAAGACGGUCAACCCGACCGACGCGCGCUUCUUCUGGCUCAGCCUCUACGUCCAGCCGCUGCUGUGGAUCCUGCUGGCCGUGCUGGCGCUCGUCCGUCUGCAGUUUCUGUGGCUGCCCCUCGUCGUUAUUGCGCUGGUGCUCACCGUCAUGAACACGUUGGCGUUUUCCCGCUGCGACAAGUUUAGCCAGGCGUCCAACUUGGCGGGCAGCGCGUUUAGCGGAACGAAUCUGGCGGGCACGCUGGCCUCCAACAUGGUCGGCCGCUUCUUCUCCCGUUGA